GCACCCGGGGCGCCCGCCGCGGCGGCGCCCUCGGAGGCCCACGUCGUGGUGGCGACGCCGAGGCGGCUGCUGGACCUCGUGGCCGAGGGGAGCCUCCGCCUCGCGCGCGUGACGUACCUGGCGCUGGGCGAGGCCGACCGCAUGCUCGACCUGGGCUUCUCGCACGACGUGCGGCGCAUCUCGGCGCUCGUCCGGCCGGACCGGCAGGCAUUGGUCUUCUCGGCCCAGUGGAACGAGGAG